UUAUCUAAAAUGACGUUUAUUACCAGCUGAACAAAGUUUAUUACCAGCUGAACAAAGUCAGUUGAGCUAUUUUUCAACAGAUAUUUUUAAUUCAAACAGUUGGUCGCAAAAUGAAUACAUUAACCAUCGGACUUUGUCUUGUGCUACAUGUUCUGAUUAUCGACUGCCGAGCAGACGAGGCACUGCUGAAACAGCUGCUAGACAGAGUAGAAAAGCUGGAAAGAAAAGAUUUAGAGUCGACAGUAAAACUGACAGAAAUGGACGAUAAAGUCCAAUUCUACGCAGAUCUCACAGAAAAUCUCCGAGAGGAAUUGACAGAGAAAGGUCGUAUAAUUGACGAAAUGAACCGACGGAUUUUAGAUUUUGAAGAUAUUGUUCGGAAACUUAAGACCAACGAACAGGUAGAAACUACAAAAAGGAGAAAUGGAAAAUAUGUGGAAGCCACUGCCAAGAAAGAAACAACAAUUGCUCCCGAGGUCAAUGUCAGUAGCAGUCUACAUAGACAAGGACAUCAGUCUAAACGGAAUGUUUCUAGUUUUUCAUACAACAAGAAAAAUAUCGACACAAGAAUGACGUUGCCAAGUAGUCGCCAAACUGUCAGUCAAGGAGAAGCUGUCGCAUUCCAUGCAGUCAAUACUCAUGGCGAAAUUGCUCACAUAGGUGUUGGUCAGAACAUACACUUCGAAACAGUUUUGCUCAACCUAAACAAUGGCUUCCAUCCUCAGCAUGGUGUGUUCAUCGCUCCGACAGCUGGACUGUAUAUAUUUUCGACAUCAGUUCUAAGUUUUAGUGGUCAAACGACUAGUUUAUUCGCCGCAGAUUUGGUGAAAAAUGGCGCUAUCCUCGGUAGAGCCUAUGGACAUGGCGACAACGGAUAUCACGAUCGAGGCUCCGUUACAGCUGUAACACAAAUAGCUGCAGGUGAUGAAGUUUGGGUCCGGUUACAUUGCUGCGCUGACGAUUCACUCUACGGAGGAUAUUAUACAACGUUUACCGGCGCUUUACUCAGUGCUUUGUAAACUGCUUAUUCUUUGGAAUUAAGCACAAUAAACGAGAUGCACGUA